AUGAUGGAUUACCAUCAUUUGACCAAUUCAUCACCAACCCCUACUUCGCCAACUUCGACACCAAUAUUAACAACGGCAUCUAAAAAACAAUCAUUGUCUAUCCUCGCGGGCAGCAGUUCCAAUCAGCAGCAGCAACAGCAGCAGCCGGGCUCUUCCACCUCCUCGACAGCCGGCGGCAACCAGAUUCCGAUGGGUCGCGGGUCUUCUCCCAACACAUCGACCUAUGCUCCCAUUGCACCCAUGCCAAAACACAGCAUCCCGUCAAUGUCCCCGUCAUCAUCUGCAAGCUCACCCACCCCAUCGUCCACAUCAUCUACUCCAUCCUAUAUGCCUUCACCAUCAAUGAUGACCAAUCAAAUCCUUGACCAACAAUCUAUUCCUCCCAUUUCCAAUAGUAAUAGUAGUAAUAGUAGUAGUAGUAAUAGCAAUAAUAAUAAUAAUAAUAAUAAUAAUAAUAGUGGGAAAUUUUCGACAUCCUCACAUCCUUAUUUACAUCAUCCCACUCACCAUGGGACAAACCGAUCACUUUCUCCCUCCCCACCACUUCCUACCCAUCCUUUCAAUGAUAAGGCAACAUCAUCAUCUCAACAACAACACCUCCAUGGACAUGGGCGUCAGUAUCGGCAACAUGCCACCAUAUCAUCGCCACCCCAAAAAUUCCAACUUCCCUCAAUCGACCCAUCAAAUGAUCACCCUAGAGGAAAUAGCAGUAGUAGUAGUAGUAAUAGUAGUACUACUAUGACAAACAAUGGAAAACAUUUUCAAAACGAUAAGGAAUCUUUUGGAAAAAUGAAUCAUUAUCAAAAUCAAUAUGCACAUCCGCAUCAACACCAUCCUCAUCAACAACAACAACAACAGUAUCAACAUCACCAAACAUUGAUUAGUAAUGAAGAAGACAACGAUGACGAGGUAUCACAUUUUUUACCUCCAGCAAGAGGAUCUUCUUCAUCAACAUCAACAUCGACCACUACUAAUCCCAUGGUGAUGAGUCCUAUUCCAAACAACAAUAAUAACAACAACAUCAAUAUAAAUAGUGGUAGUGGAGGUAGUAGUAGAAUUAGUUCACCUCCUCCAUCGCCGUCGGUUGGCACCAUCCACUCGUUACAUACUUGGCAGAGCCAUCCUCAUCCAGGAUCGCCACCCCCACCCGAAAUGCCAACACCGCCAGCCGAAAAGAAAAAAAGGGGGAGACCGCCAAUCCCCCGUAUUCCAGAAUGUGCCAUGUGUCACCGAGGGCAAACACCCGAAUGGAGACGUGGACCCAAUGGAGAGAAUCUUUGCAAUGCAUGUGGUUUACAAGAGUACAAAAAGAAAAAGAGUCAAAAUCAAAAUAAUAAUAAUAAUAAUAACUCUAAUGAUAUUAAUAAUAAUAAUAAUAACAACAGUACCUCAAGUAACAAUAAUGAAGAAAGAAAACCAUCAAAUAAUAGAUUGAAUAAUAGUGGUAAUAAUAUUCCUACUAUAAAUAAUCUACAUGAUGGUCCAUCAUCUUCUACAACAACAACAACUACGAAUCAUCAUCAUCAUCAUAAUAAUAAUAAUCAUAAUAAUCAUCAACAUACUCUACCAAUUGUAACAAAUUUAAAUAAUAAUAAUAAUAAUGGUAGAUUAAUUAAUAAUAAUAAUAGGAAUAAUAAUAAUAAUAAUAAUUAUGGAGUUGAGAUGAUUCAACCAUCACAUCAUCAAUCAUCAUCAUCAAAUCAACCACAAAUAUUACAUCAGGCACCAGCACCAACAACAGCUGCAGGAAGUGGUAUGAGUAGCGGCUCUUACCAUUUCCAUAGUAACGACGAUGAUGAUGAUGAUGAAGAUGAGUUUGUCCCUCCACUUCCUUCCCAUCCUGUUCAAAUGAAACGAUCCGAUGCCCAUAAAAUGGUGUCUCAUGCAAUAUAUUUAUCUGCUUUUUGUUUAUCAAUCGAUCGAAACUCGGUUCAAUUCAUGGAAAGCAAUCAUUGUGUGAUAGGAUCUUCGCAAGGUGAGGUAAACCAAAAUAUCAGUCCAUAG